GACAGCUCCUGUGCACUGAGGAAAGCUUCCUUAAAAAUCUUCCAGUUUUGCUCCACACCCUUGCCCAUGAGGGCAGUUUCCCAGGGUGUUUUGUUGACCCACUCUCUGAAGAGAUGAAAGUUAGCUUUCCUAGAAUUUAGCAUCCUAAUUUUACUCUUUGCCUGUUUCGUAUCCCUCUGGAGCAUGAACUCAACUGUAGCAUGGUCACUACCAGCCUCCAAUCCUAAUGUCACAAGUCAGUUCACUUGCAUUGGUGAGCAACAGGUCCAGUACUGCAUCCCCUCUGGUGAGAAUUUCUAUUACUUGACUCAGGAAGUUAUCCUCAACACAUUUCAGGAGCCUCUUGGAUUGCCUACAGCUCGCCAUGCUACCUUUCCAGCAGAUGUCUGGGUGAUUAAGUCCCCCAGCAGGAUGAGCGCUUGCAGUCAUGAUGCCUCCUGUAGCUGGAGGUAGAAGGCCUCAUUGACAGGCUCCACUUGAUGGGGUGGCCUGUAGUAGGCACUGAUCACAGGGCUCCCUAUGCUGCCUCAGUCUCUAACUGUCACCCAUAGGCUUUCAACUUGCUCAUGAAAAUGGAUCUUAUAAAUCAUGCACGUGAAUAAGCUAACAGAAUCUGCUCUUGUUCCACAAGAUUCCUUUGUGAUGCAGCUCCCACCUCAGUGGAAAACAUUUUCUCUUUUGUGCUGUAAUUUUUAUCAUAUUCCUGAGCUACAUAGAAGAAAACACAUUUUAAGAAACUUGGCUGAACAGCUGCACAUCUCCCUUCAGCUGUGCCUAGGGUAAAUUAUUUUCUGGUUUAUGCUGUCCCCCGAGAGAAUCUUCUUUUGCUGUAGUAGAUUUAAAUAUUCUGAAGUGACAUCUGUAAGAUGUUAUGGCUUUAAGAUGAAAUUAAAGCAUAUUUAGAGAGUUAAUCUGAUCAGCAGUCUUUUUCUCCUUUUCUCUCAUGCCGACUGUUCUAGUGAUGCCUGCCAUCGUUCUACUGUCUGUGCUUAUAAUUGUCUAGGUAGUAUUUGGUUGGAGAACACAGUACAGUGAAUUUCUCUGAAAUUCUCACUUCUACAGUUUGUUAGAAUUUUUAAUGCUAUAUUCCAAAACUCGGUAGUCUUUGCAAGGCACACACAUCUUUUCAUGGGAGUGCUGCAAAAGAUGAUUUUUUUUUCCCUCAGUUCCGCUCAAUUACACAACUCCUAUUACACAGAAUUUCAUCUAAUCCAAGAGGCAUCACUUCAAAGACUUAGAGAGGCGCAAGACUCGCUCUUGAUCUUUUAUGAGCAAGCUGACAGUUUACUUGCGGUAUGCUGUCUGUUUUUUGUUUUAUUUUUGCAGGCUCCACAUGUAGAGUGAACAGCCUUUCUUUGUUGGACUUUAUGAAUCUCAAGUGAAAUAGUGAAUAGAUCAAGGAUUCUCCUUUUACAAAUGCAGGAAUGGGUUCUAACUUAAACCUUCUGGGGGAGAUAGAAUGCGAUGCCAGUAUAAUGGAUGGAAAGUCACUGAAUUUUGGAGCAGUUGGCGCACUGAGUGGAAUCAAGAAUCCCGUUUCAGUUGCAAAUAGAUUGUUGUGUGAAGGGCAGAAAGGAAAACUCUCUGCUGGCAGAAUUCCACCUUGCUUUUUAGUUGGUGAAGGAGCUUUCAGAUGGGCAGUUGAUCACGGGAUACCAGCAUGUCCUCCAGGUAUCAUGGCUACAAGGUUUAGUUUAGCAGCUUUUAAGAGGAACAAGAGGAAGCUGGAGUUGGCUGAGAAGGUAGAAACGGAUCUCAUUCAGCUAAAGAAGAGAAGACAAUCAAAUGAAAAGGGCUCCAGAGUCAUGUGCAGAACGUGUGGGAGACCCUCAAAGGCCAAUGAUGGUAGUAGAGGAGGUGAUCAAAUAGAGCUCUACUCAUUGGAGAAUGACUCAGGAACACUGGAUACAGUCGGUGCAGUAGUUGUUGACCAAGAAGGAAAUGUUGCUGCUGCUGUCUCCAGUGGAGGUUUAGCACUAAAGCAUCCUGGAAGAGUUGGUCAGGCAGCUCUUUAUGGUUGCGGCUGCUGGGCUGAAAAUACAGGAGCUCGUACACCUUACUCCACUGCUGUGAGUACUUCAGGUUGUGGAGAGCACCUUGUCCGAACCAUACUGGCCAGAGAAUGUUCGUGUGCUUUGCAAACAGAAGAUGCCCACCAAGCUCUCCUAGAGACUAUGCAAAACAAGUUUAUUGGUUCACCUUUCCUUGCCAAUGAAGAUGGUGUACUCGGAGGUGUAAUAGUUCUUCGGUCUUGCAGGUGUUCAGCAGAACCUGAAUUAUCACAGGAGAAACCAACUUUACUAGUGGAAUUUCUGUGGAGCCAUACAACAGAGAGCAUGUGUGUAGGAUACAUGUCUGCACAGGAUGGCAAAGCUAAGACUCACAUUUCAAGACUUCCUCCUGGAGCGGUGGCAGGACAGUCCGUGGCAAUAGAAGGAGGAGUCUGCCGACUGGAGAGCCCAGAAAGCUGAACAGUUGAUUCCUCACUUCACUGCAAAGAAUGUGAAUGACCUUUUCUACAAUAAGGCUUUUUUUGUGUCUUAACAAAUGUUGGAAAUUCUACUCUUGCUUUAUACCCCGUAUUGCCACCAUGUGCUCCAUAACUUGAGACAAGUGCUGCUGUAGCUUAUGUUCUCACUCUGUGAAUGGGAGUGUGUGCAUGUUCAUUUUUUCCCUGAUAAAAGAGGACCUCUUCCCCGUUGUACAAAGAUUAUAUAUGAUCAGUAAUUACGUUCUCAUUGUUUUAUGUUUGAAAAAUAUCCGAAAUUUAAAACGAAAUAAUAAUUUAAAGAUGUGGUCACAAUUGUCGUUCAUGUUCUAAAUUUAAAAGGAACAGGCCUUUGAAGUGGAUAUAUAAGUAUGCAAAAAUGAUUAUGGUUUCAAAGUUUCUCAGUGGUUUAAGGAAAUCCAGUGGUGGUUUAAACAUGGGUUGUUUUUUUCCUCCCCAAUAAGGAGGAAUUUUUUUGUCAAAGAAUGGUUUCAGUGAAACAAACUAGAGCAAAAUUAAGGCUAGAAUUGUUCUAAAUAAUCUUAUAAGUCAUAUCUCUGUUUCCAAACUAAGAUGUUAAUAGCUUCAAGCUGUAUCUAUUACAAAAUGCUAUAUGAAGAUAAUGUAUCGUAAUGCAGUCUUUAUGUAUAAUGGAAUAUUACAAUGUAAAUAAGAAAACAAAGUUUAUGGAAAGAUUCAAUAUUAUUCUUUGCUUCUGUUUUAAAUCUAUUUUUAAGAGAGGUACAGAAAUGAGCAUAUUACUGGAUGCAAAGUGCAAUGUGUAUUGAAUGGAUGCUGGGAGGUCUGAUACUAGCUUUCUUACGGAUAAAGCAACUUCCUAAAGUCCAGCCACAGCAUGGGUAUUUAUAUAACUGUGUGUAAUAAGUAUGUACUGUGCAUAAAUUUACUGUAUUUUUUUUACACCUUCAACAAAACUGCAGUAUAAAACAGUGUAAACCUUGUCUGCCUUGUGAAGCGUUGGCAGCUGAACUGUCUUUUGUCACCAGUUCUGAUAUGUUAGCCAGAUCGCCUGUGUCCUAAAAGUGACUUCUCACAUACAAUCUUCCAUUCAGUACUUCUUUCUUCACAGCACUGGCAGCAAUAGAAGACUUUUGUAAUUAAUUCAUUGUCAUGAUAAGUAUGCCAAAGAAAAACUAAAUUAGUUCAUCUUUUUCCCUGGUGGAUAUUUGAUAAUUCUGUUUUCAGAAAUAGUGGAGGAAUAGGUAUUCAGACUGUAUUUGCUUAAUUGGGCAUUGUACUAUCCUCUUUUGUAAUGUUGUGCCUGCCUAUAACAGACCUACUUGACUGCUGAUUAAAUGGUUACAUUGAUUGUAGUACCAAUGUUUCAUGGAUAAAAAUCUUAAUACAUUUUUUUAGUAGCCUGAAUUCAUUUUCACUCUUAUGUUAAAUAAUACAUUGAGAUAUGUUCUUA